CCGUCUAUGGGGAAAAGAAACAAACGUCGUGGAUUCAAAGGAAAAAUCGGUCGUUUGACGAUUUUUUCGCUUUCUCGGCACAGAAACCUCAACCUCACUUUUUUGCUCGUAUCUUUGUACGUAUACCUACAACUCUAACUCUUAGGUCUCUUUAUAGUUGGCAUCGAGUAAAACGCGAAUAGAACAACUUUUGACGUUUUACGAUCGAACAGAUCACAUUGAUUUUCAUGAAUUUUUUCUUUCCAUUGAAAUACGAUGCUAAAAUGCAAGUCGAUAUAUAUAUACAUAUCUACAAGGUAUAUUUAGAUAUCUAUAUAAUUGAAGAAAGUAUUCAAAGUUGUAAAGAUUUUCUUAAGAUAACUAUAAUAACUAUCCCUUUGAGUUCGACGAUUCUAUAUAAUGAUUUUUCUUGCUUCCGAUUCCGAUCGAACGUCGUGCGGUUUGAUGGCCUACUCAAAACCGGAAUUGGGUUGGCCAAUGAAGCCGCGAAAACGACAACGACGAUGACGAUGACGACGAUGACGAGGAGAGAAGGAGGAAAAGGGAAACGAAAAAGGAAAGAAGAAUAAGAAAAGAAAAAGAAAAUGAAAAAGAAAAAAGACACGCGAAUGCUACUUUCAUUGUUGGCUAUGUUCCUACGAGAGAAAAAGAAGCUACCAUAUUAGAUAUUAAACCGAGCAUACAUCGACAUCGAGCACCCCACCUCAACGCCUUCCACAUCUUCUCUCUUCCUUGUUUAUGCGUAUUCGUAUACGGUGAAAAGAUGGAAAGAGAGGGACACGAUGAUCCACGCUAGCCUGGAUAUUCUACGAGCUUCACGCAUCGACAACGAGUUUCCAAGGAAAGUACUCUUCGCGAUAAUUGCAUGGUUUUACCGUCGUGCUAUGAUCUACGCAUCACCGAGUUACACACACACACAUAUAUAUAUAUAUUUAUACAUACGCACAUAGAUAAAUAGAUAGGUACAUAUGCAGCUAUAUAUAUCUAUGUUUAUAUAUAUAUAUAUAUAUAUAUACAAAGCAAAAGCCUGUUCAUCUCACGAAAAACACGUUAGACCGGAUUCGAAAUGGUCUAAUUGUUGCUCUUACAAAUCUGUUAGGAAUUCUUAUACAUUUUAUGGAAGAUGUCACGAGGAACGAUAUCCGAGAUAAGAGAUCGGUUCGCGAUUAGAAAUUAUUCGUGUUUGUUAUUACGAGAGAGAUUUAAUGAGAUCGAUGUAAAUGAUCGGGUAAAAUUUGUUUGCAGUUGAGAACUCCCGACAUAUAAAUGGAUUUCUUCGGAUCGUAUAAAAUCUUUCUUUCCUUCUUUUUUUUUCCUUUUCGUUUUUUCUUCUUUUCUUUCUUUCUUUCAUUUCUUUCCUUCUUUUCUUUUCUUUUUUUCUCCCUUACUUUUUCUUUUGUUUCGAAUGCUCUCUCUUACAGAGCGAAAUAAUAAUUUCACGGAAGACGAGAAAGAACGGAAGAGAUGGAAAGACUUUCUAAGUUGCGUUUUAUCGACGAGCGGCGAGAGUCGAGUGACCUUAUUUCGUAUACCGAGGUCACUCGAAUAGAUACAUCUCCACCCGAUUGUACGCACUAAUACGACCAAGUCAUGAUGGAAAAUUCGAAAGAGAGAGAGAGAGAGAGAGAGAGAUAGAGCUAUUUACCGUCUCGUUGAUUCCUUAUCGUAAAUCGAAUGAUCAAGCAAAAGAUCUUUAAUUGCGAGAAAAGAAAUCAAAGCCUUUAACGAACUGACAAUCUUCUUGGAUUUAAGAAAGAAAUAGAUAAUCGAUGAAAUAUUCUGUCUAUGAAUUUGACACACUACGCACCAUGCGCUGAGAUGCAACGUUUAUGACAGUUAACACCUGCUACCUGAACUAAACGUCACCGUACUUCUUUGUCGUCGACAAUUGGAGUAAGAACGAUGAUUAAGAGACUAGAGAUUUUUAGAAAACGUUCAACUUUACAACAACGUUAAAGGCAAGAAACGUCAAAGGCACGGUUUAGUCGUGUACUGCCAAGUAAAGAGAAGAGAUUCUUAUUCUUGAAAUCGUCGUAUCUCGAAAACUUCUCAAAGUAUAUAAGAGACAUGGAUCUUUAUGUUAAAAGUUUCUUUCUUAUCUACUUUUUGAUCCUUGCUAACGUUUUCACCGAAAAUACAACAAAAUCACCCGAUGAAAAUAAUUCUAAAUCGUUCGUAGAAUCGACAGAAGAUAAUCUAUCUCACGAGGAGGAUUUUACGACAGAGGCAACUUUAUUUAUUGCUACGGAAACUGAUGAAAAUUUGCUCUCGACGAUCGUUCUCGAAGGCGAUACUGAAAAUGUUACGAAUGAGUUUAAACCAAGCGUUCAUCUUGGAGAAAUCGAGGAACCAAGAACGAAGAUUAAUCCCUUCAACAAAGUGCAUCAUUUUAAAUUCGAAAACAGUUUUGACGUGGGAUCCCAUCAGAAUGAUUUACAAAACGUUAAGCAAAGAAUCCUUUACGACGUUAAGGAACAUCAAAAUGGUCGUAUUGUUUUUGAAGAUGACAAAAGAAAUUUUCAUAUCAGAAAGUAUCAACAAGUUUUACCAAAUUACGAGACGAUCCAACCGUUACACGUUACCGUCACGCAAAGUUCAAGGUCGCAUUUGGAUAAUUUCGGCGAACAAAAAGUUAUAAGCGAUCAUACGUUAUUACAGAAUUUCGAGAAACCGGUGUACCUAGAGGAACACACAUCGAUGAUAUUUGAUAAACCUAUGAGAUUUCCAAACGAACUUUUAUCUCUUGGUAAUGGGAACUUUGACGAUAAGAAUACGUUUUAUUUCGUGCCAGAUUAUCAUCUAAUGCCGAAUCAUCAAAAUAAUUAUUACAACGUCGAACAACAAGAAGGAAAUUACGGUAACGUUCAGAAACCAGAUAAUAUGAUGGUUUAUCUCGCACAGCAACACGAAUACACUACACUUCGCAAACAACCACAUUAUUAUUAUUAUUAUCAUCGGCCUUUAGGCUAUCACGAAAUGGACUUUUUAGGUGAGCCAAAACCCGCUAUGAUCUAUCCGAAAGGACACAGAAUUUCACCAUGGAAAAAGAUUAUUCAUUUGAUCGGAGCUUUCUUACCACUGGGAUUAUUAGUGGCAGCUCUUGCCCCUAACGUGAUCAAAAUUCAAAAUACGACGGAUCCCAACAUCGUUCUCUCAAAGUUGAGAGUCGUUGACCUGCCGAUCGAGCAUAAGGAAGCGAGAUUGAUCGAUGAACGGCAAACGAAUGUCUGCGAGGAAAGAUCGAUAUGCGAAUUGAUAUUGGAAGGUGGUAAACCAGGAACGAAUAUAGCGCAAAAUGUUCUUUGGAAUUUGGCUAUUAGAUCUAAUGAAGAAAUGAUAAGAAAAAUUGGCCUCCAGGAAAUAUUUGAAGCAGUGAAAAAGAAGAAUUGCGCGACGAUCGUUUGUUAAAUCUCAAACGAAAGAAGGAAGCGAGUAUCGUGGGUGACAUAAGCUAUUGUUCCUCUCUCCACUCCAAUUUUUCUCUCCCUCUUUCUUUCUCUUCUUCUUUCCAAUCACUGAACUCGGAAUAGCCAUUGUCUUUUCAAAAGUUCGCGUAAGAUAAUUAGUCUUCUUUUCGUUCUGACUGUGAAAGUGUGUCCUUCCAAGAGUAAGGAAAGAAAGAAAGAAAGAAAGAAAGGUAAAGAAAAGAAGUAAGAAGGACGAGAAGAAGAUUGUUUGCAGAAGCAUCGCAGUAUUAUUAUCAUCAAUAUCUCGUUCGAGAAUUCGUCUCGUGUAUGCACUCGUCUCGUACUCGCAAGUGAAAGUAGUCACUGGGUAUAUAAGUGGGUCAACGCUAGUCCAUUCUGGACCAUCGUUCUCACUCGUGAAACUCAGUCAUUUUUUUCCUUAUACAUACAUACAUACAUACAUAUAUAUAUAUAUAUAUAUAUAUAUAUAUACAUACACACACACACACACACACACACACACACACACAUAUAUAUAUAUAUAUUUAUAUAUAUUUAUACAAAUAUUUAUACAAAUACAUUACUCGAUUUUCAGUAAUACGUAAUUAUAUUAAGUUGUCAUUGCACAGAUGUACGCAUUUAUCUUUGUUAAAAAACUGAAAAUCAAAUAGUCCAUUUUUGAUAAAGUCACGAAAGAUAAUAAUAAAUGUAUAUUAGUUUUACGACGAAGCAACAAUUUUUGUUAUGAUUUAUGUACGACACCUGCCAGGAGAAUAUAGAAAAUUGUGGAUUAGACGUGGAUUAGAUGAACGAUUAGACUUUCGAAAGAAAAAGAAGAAAAAGAAAUAUCAUUCGAGAAUCGCGAAGGAAGAGAAGAAUACCGGAUGGAAAUCGUAUUUUGGGUCGCAAAGUUGAUUUUCACUUCGAGGAAUGCGUAAGAAAGGCCGAGGACAACGGCGCGUUGAUCGCUAGACCAAGAUUGAUUAGUUUCUUCUUUUCUCUUAUCUUUUUUUCUUUUUUUUUUUUUUUUUCUUUUUUUCGCAAAAGAAAAUAAAAAUAUACGCAAUCGAUCGCAUCCUCGAUAUCCUUUUCUCUUCUCUUUUUUCUUUCUUUUUUUCUUUUCUUUUUUUUUUUUUUCGUUAUCACUUAUAUAUCCUUCUUUCUGAUUAACUAGGAACUAAUCGUACGAUGUAUGUUGGGCGUUCAACGAAAGUGAGCCACUUUUUAUACGGGUUCUACUUUGGAAACGACCAUAGACCGAUUGCUACUUAGAGCGGAUCAACGAGAUAGCUCGUAAAGUACGAUUUAACGAUUUAGAAUCUUUUUGCGACAGAUGUUCCUAAUCCGUUCUUUUAUUUAUCCGGUCAAUCGUCAUAAUUUACGUUUAAUACGAAAUCACGUGAUGUCAUAUCCAAUUAUCAUCAGCAUCAUCAUCAUCAUCAUCACCAUUAUUAUUAUUAUUAUCAUUAUUAUUAUUAUUAUUAUCAUCAUCAUAAUCAUCAUCGUUUUCGUCGUCAUCGAGAGUGAGAAAAAGAGAUAAGACAGCGAUAAAAAUAUCACAGAAGGUAGACGAGUUUUCUUAAAAGAAAUCGUGCUACGAUAUUACGAGUAAUUAAAUCGACGAGAAUAGUAUGCGUGUAAUAAAGUACUAGUAGGAUAAAAUUUGCAUAUAGUAAACGUUCGAAAGCCAAACGUUGU